GUUCCCUCCAUUACUCGUUCUGUGGGCCGUGACAGGAUCCUGGCUCUCCGCCAGCACACCCAGUUCCUUUGGGAAGCCUACUUCUCCUCCGUCACCAAAAUAGUCCUGACCACUCUGGAGAUCAUCCAGGACCGUGUGGAGUCUCAUGUGUCCAGAAACCACCUGCUGUGGAACUCUUUACCUGGUGGACUCUACGCCCUCCCACAGUACUCAGCUGACCCUGCUCAGUUCCCUUUUUACUACGCCGUACUGGGUAAAAACCCAUCGCAGCGCUUCACAGCUGUCAUCCACAUGGUUUCUCCUCUGCAGUCCCACAUCUCUCCUGUGGUGAAGCUCAUCAUCGCCGUGGCCAAGUCCAAGUUCUGUGCACAGAUCGUGGUUUUAUGGAACUGUGACAAGUCUUUACCUCCGAAAAACAAGUGGCCCUCCACCAGCGUGCCUCUGUCUGUCGUUGAAGGACAGACCAAGACGAUGAGCAGUCGUUUUCUGCCCCACGAUGACAUCAUCACAGAUGCWGUUCUCAGUCUGGAUGAAGACUCUGUUCUCUCCACCAAUGAGGUGGAUUUUGCUUUCAUCGUAUGGCAAAGUUUUCCAGAGCGUAUUGUGGGUUAUCCUGCCAGGAGCCACUACUGGGACAGUUCCAGGUCACGCUGGGGCUACACCUCCAAGUGGACCAAUGACUACUCUAUGGUCCUCACAGGAGCAGCUUUUUACCACAGGUACUACCACUACCUGUUCACGCACUACGUCCCAGCCAGCCUGCGGACCAUGGUGGACCGCAUGGCCAACUGCGAGGACAUCCUGAUGAACUUCCUGGUUUCAGCCGUCACCAAACAGCCGCCCAUCAAAGUCACACAGAAGAAGCAGUACAAGGAGACCAUGAUGACCCAGGUACCAGAGGUCCAUCAGCUUCAACYUCUGACAACUGAUGAUUACACUUAGUUUUCCUCCGUUACUCUUUAAACAAAUCUUUGGUGCUUUAUUUUACAGAUCUUGAUGGUUUUACAUAAUUUAAUCCUUAAAAUGUUUUUAUUUUCUUCUUAUGUUUUAAGUCCUUCCUCAAAGCUCCUAAACAUUUCCUCAUGUUUUGUAGCUUUUUCCUGUUUGUGCUGCAGAUAAACAGCUUUAAGAGACUUUAUCACAUCUCCACCAGCUGCAGAUCAGUCCAAAAACUGGUUAUUUUACUGCAACCAUGUUAGGAAGGUUUCAGGUUCCUGCAGCCCUGACCUGCUCUGUGGGGGAUCCCUGAGAGUCCACGUGGCCAAGCAGAUGUCAGGUUCUGAUCGAUGGCCUGACCACAGGCAGGACGAUGACUCUGCACAACCAACCCAGUGAUUAAUGUCUUAAUUGUGAAGUCAGCACAGCAAACCUAGAUUUACCCCCCGACUGCAGUCACUUCCCUUCUCUGCCCUGUGAUUUGUGGCUUCGCUUCGAGCAACAACAGACAUUUAGAACAGAGAGGUGCAAACUUUGACCAGUUCAGCAACUUUAAAACACAGAUCUGAUGCAAACUAACCCCAAAACAUUAGGUUGUUCAAAUGGAAACAUUAUGGAGGAGCUAAAGUGAAGCAUUUUASAUAAAAGUCAACUAUUUAAUUAAAGUUAGUCCACUUUGAGUCGUGUUUAUCUGCAUUGUUUCCUGUUAGUUCACUGCCUCCUGAUGCCUCUUCAAUGAACAUUUCCUCUAAAAUUCAAUUUAUUCAUUUCAUCAAACAAUAACAAGAUACAACAGAAAACCAAGAGAAAACAUAAAUUAAAAUAAAAUGAAAGGUAGCAGAAGAGGAAUAAAUCGGUUACAAUAAGGCUCCUCUUAUAGAUGGCUUAUAAACAGUUUACAGACAGGUUAUUGAUUCAUAUGUAAACACUUUAUAAAUCAUUAAUAAAUAUUUAUUAUGGAUUAAUUAAGAAUGGGAAAGAGGCAAAACUGUCUUGCCAAAUAGUGAGCCAAAUCUCUUCGUGUACAAAUUACUAGGCUUGUGAGCACAAUUAUGUAUUGGAAACACAUAUUUAAAAAUAAUACUGUACUAUGUUACUGAAAUAUACAUAUUAACAACUGUCAAUGGGAGCCUUAUUAAGACAGGUACACUAUUUAUUAAUGACUAAUAAACUUGUUUAAAUGCCAUAAAGGAGUCUUAUUGUAAAGUGUUUAACAGUAAACUGUUUAUAAGGCUCUGAUAUGACAUUAUUAAUCAUUAAUAAAUAGUUUACUGUUCAA